AUGGCGGGAGAAGCGGGUCCGGCGAGAUGGAGGUGGGUGGCGCUGCUCGGGGCCGUCUCCGUGCUGCUCCUCGUCGGAGUCCUCGCUGGCGGCGGCAGCGGCCUGGCGACUUUCCCCGGCGGGCGGCUCAGGACCGACGAAGACGCCGACGGGCCGACGGUGGUGGCCGGCGCGGUGCCUGACCCGGAAUCGGUGGUCUCGCAGGUGCACAUGUCGAUCAGGAACAGCACCGCCCGGAGGAACCUGGGGGGUUACCUGUCGUGCGGGACGGGGAACCCAAUCGACGACUGCUGGCGCUGCGACCCCGACUGGCACAACAACCGGCAGCGCCUCGCCGACUGUGGCAUUGGCUUCGGCCGCAACGCCAUUGGCGGUCGGGACGGCAAGAUCUACGUGGUCACUGACUCCGGCGACGAUGACCCCGUGACCCCGAAGAAGGGCACCCUCCGCUACGCCGUCAUCCAGGACGAGCCGCUGUGGAUCAUCUUCAAGCGCGACAUGGUCAUCACCCUCAAGCAGGAGCUCAUCAUGAACAGCUUCAAGACCAUCGACGGGCGCGGCGCCAACGUGCACAUCGCCAAUGGCGCCUGCCUCACCAUCCAGUAUGUCACCAAUGUCAUCAUCCACGGCUUGCACAUCCACGACUGCAGGCCCACUGGCAACGCCAUGGUGCGUAGCUCGCCGAGCCACUACGGGUGGAGGACGAUGGCCGACGGCGAUGCUGUGUCUAUCUUCGGGUCCAGCCAUGUCUGGGUCGACCACUGCUCCCUCUCCAACUGCGCCGACGGCCUCGUCGAUGCCAUCAUGGGAUCCACUGCCAUCACUGUGUCCAACAACUACUUCACCCACCACAAUGAGGUGAUGCUCCUGGGUCACAGUGACUCCUAUCUGAAGGACAAGGCAAUGCAGGUCACAAUAGCUUUCAACCAUUUUGGAGAGGGACUCAUUCAGAGAAUGCCAAGGUGCAGGCAUGGUUACUUCCAUGUGGUGAACAAUGACUACACCCACUGGGAGAUGUACGCCAUCGGAGGGAGUGCUGAGCCGACCAUCAACAGCCAGGGAAACCGCUACCUGGCGCCAACCAACCCUUUUGCCAAGGAGGUGACAAAGAGGGUUGAAACUGCUCAGACCACCUGGAAUGGCUGGAACUGGAGGUCGGAGGGCGACCUCCUGCUGAAUGGUGCCUUCUUCACCCCGUCGGGAGCUGGCGCCUCGGCCAGCUACUCGCGUGCCUCCAGCCUUGGCGCCAAGUCCUCGUCCAUGGUAGGAACCAUCACCUCCGGUGCAGGCGUCCUCUCGUGCCACAAGGGCUCCUCCUGCUAGCACGCGGCGAGAACAGAUCCAUCCGCCACUCCUACGACAGAAAAGAAAACACCCAAGAUAUAGAAGCUAAAGCUACCGGUCAUGCUUACAUUUUUUCGUUUGCCCUUUUUUUGACAACGGUUACUACUACACAUAUGGAAGCCUACUGCCCCAAAGUGAGUUAAGUUCGCCAUUCGUCAACCUCCCCCUGCCUCCUGCUGUCAAGAUAACGCCCUGGAGCAGCAGGCGAGAAGCGUUGCUGAUUGAUUCGUCGCUCGGUGUCCUAUUAGUCCCCUGAGUGUGUUUGUUUGUUGUUGUGCUUUUGUUGCCAGAUGAUAAUGCUGGUGUUGUUGUUGUCAACUGAAAACCCGCUAGGAUUGUUUACCGCAACAAGGUUGAGCUGGUUAAAUGGUAGUGAUGUAAGAUACUACUCCUGUAUGGGUUUAUCUGACUUCUUCGGUGGAAACUGAAACAAGGAUUGAUCUGUUG